AACUGCACUGGCCUUGCUGUAUGACGAAGGGCUGGAGAAUGCCUACGACGUCCGGCUGAAGCUGACUAAAGAGGUGCUGACUAUCCAGAAGCAAGAUGUCGUCUGCAUCGGGGGAGCCCCUCCUGGUGCGAAUCACAGAACUGUUACAGUCCGGAGACAGCCUGUGGGUGGCCUGGGCCUAAGCAUCAAGGGGGGAGCAGAGCAUGGUGUCCCUGUCGUCAUAUCCAAAAUAUUCAAAGACCAAGCAGGGUCCCCAGGGCCAUCCAGUGACCACAGCAGCAGGGCCUCAUCGCCUCUCUUUGACAGUGGCCUGCACCUGAACGGACACUGCAGCCACACAGCUCCAUCAUCACCUUCCUCACCCAUAGCUAAUGAACCAAAGUAUGAGAAGCGCUGGCUAGACACCCUGUCAGUCCCUUUGUCCAUGGCGCGGAUCUCCAGGUAUAAAGCUGGAACAGAAAGACUCAGGUCCAGUGCAUUUGAGGUGCUGGCCCUGGAUGGAACCAGCACAGGAGUCCUUCAGUUCUCCACUGCCCAGGACUGUGCGGACUGGCUGCGUGCAAUCUCAGCCAACAUCAGUGACCUGACGCUUCAACAUAUGAAGAUGGCGAAUAAAUGCUGUUCUCCCUGUGACCAGGUGGUGCACAUGGGCUGGGUAAAUGAGAGGCUCCAGGGAGCUGAUGACACCUCUCAGAACUUCAGAUCCAAGUUCUUGGCCCUGAAGGGCUCAUCCUUCUACAUUUUCAGCACUCCUCCGGUAAGCACACUGGAUUGGGGACGAGCAGAACAUGCCUAUAACCUCUGUGAGGUGCUGUUUAAAGUUCACAAGUUCUGGCUUUCGGACAACUACUGGCUGCAGGCAAACUUGUACCUGGGUCUCCAUGAUUUUGACUGUGAAGACCCCAGGCCAUACUGCUUCAGUGUCCUGGCCGGCCAUGGGAGGAGCCAUGUCUUCAGUGUGGAACUGGGCAGUGAGCUGGCCGUGUGGGAGAAGUCAUUCCAAAGAGCAACUUUCAUGGAAGUCCAGAGAACUGGGUCAAAAACGUAUCUGUGCAGCUGGCAAGGGGAGACUCUGUGCUUCACAGUGGAUUUUGCCCUGGGAUUCACCUGCUUUGACAGCAAAACAAAGAACGUCCUCUGGAGAUUCAAGUUCUCUCAGCUUAAGGGAUCUUCAGACGAUGGGAAAACUCGAGUAAAGCUGCUGUUUCAAAAUCCAGACACCAAACAGAUCGAGACGAAGGAGUUGGAGUUCCAGGACUUGACGGCCGUCCUCCACUGUAUCCACUCCUUCAUUGCUGCGAAGGUGGCCUCUUUGGACCCUGGGUUCGUGGACAGCCAGAGUAUGGCAAGGAGAUACCUGUGCAACAGCUAAAAUGAGUCCAGAGAGUGCUACAAGCAAUUAAAUUAUUUUCUUAAGGAACCAAUCUUUCCUGCACAAUGUUGCAACUUUGUGUGGUUUUAUAAUGAGCCUAUAGUUGUGAUACCAAUAAAGACAUCACUAGUUUCACAGAUGGGUCAGACUGUUGAAUCUGACAAAGGGAUACAACUCUGACCAGCCGCAGUGGUGAUGGGAACUCAGGGUCCUCGGAAAGUGUCCCAUCCAGCCUGUCUCAGACAGACAGUGAUGUGACGCCACAGUCUACUGCUUGCGUUCGUGAAAUACAAAUUUUAUUUUUGCAAAGAGCCUGAUAGAAGAGUGAGAAGCCACCAGUUAGUCUUUCUUAGAAGGAACGGCUUCCCACAGGCAGGUUGGUUACUCUCCCUUUGCCCCAGGUGGGACUGGCUUUGGGUUGAGAAAGGCUUAGGGGAUGAGGGAAUUUGAAUUAUUUAGUUUUAUAUUAAAUGCUUACAUGUUUAUUAUGUAAUUGAAUUAUAUGUCAUUUAAAUGUGAAUUCUAUUUUUUCCUAAUUAAUCAAAUACAGCACAUGCUUUGGUUUCCUUGUCUUUCAUAUUGUUUAUAACUUCUG